GAAGGGAAAUCAGAGCAGGCACGAGUUAGCCAGUUACCCUGGGCUGGCGAGGGACCGCUGUCGUACACGUAGUGGGAAAGAAGAGGUCCUGAUGCGCGAGUCAAGGCAGCCCUCGGCGGAGAUGAAGGCGGACUCUGACUGGUUCUGAUUUUUCAAAGUCAUUUUCAUUCAGCAGGUUGCAUGCCAACGGUUGUCAUGAUGGCAGAGCCGCUAUCCCCAGCACCCACCGCUGCAAAAAUGGCGUCAGUGGACCGGGUCCGCGCGUUGACGUUAAUUUUCUUGACUGUCACUGGUUGUUUUGUCACCUCGACAAGUGGCAAGGAAGGGUCCGAGGAGACCGUCAUCAGUGGCCUCCGUCUGGAGGACACGGACGACAUUUCCUUCAUGGAUAAAGGCUACUUGCGGGUGAGUGAGCGCUCUCGGAUCAAAUUAAGAGUGUACGGGCAGAACAUCAACAACGAGACCUGGUCCAAGAUUGCCUUCACGGAGCACGAGAGGACCCGGGUGGGGGUGAGCCUUGACAGCUCCUCGGGGGAUAACCACAGCCAAGAGGACUUGUCCGGCUUGCAUCCCUGCGGCAUCAGGACUUCAGAUAUCAUUAUACUACCAAACAUUGUUGUGAGCCGAAAGACGUCGGGAAUAGUUGAGAUCGAGGUGAAACCUCUGCGAAAGACGGAGAGGAGCAAAGCGUAUUACCUUUGCAUCGCCACCUCCACACCUGCCACUGCUGGACUGCACGACCCGUGGACGGAGAACACCUGGAUUUACCACGACGGCGAAGACACCAGGGUGAUCGUAGUGGAGGAGAAAAAGUUUUUGCUGCCUUUCUGGCUCCAGGUCAUCUUCAUCUCAAUGCUGCUUUGCCUGUCUGGUAUGUUCAGCGGCUUGAACCUUGGGCUCAUGGCUCUGGACCCCAUGGAACUCCAGAUAGUUCAGAAUUGUGGCACGGAAAGGGAGAAAAACUACGCCAAAAAGAUCGAACCGGUCAGGAGCCAAGGGAAUUAUUUGCUUUGCUCGCUUCUGCUCGGUAAUGUGUUGGUCAAUACAACGCUGACCAUUCUGCUGGACGAUAUCGCCGGUUCAGGAUUGAUCGCCGUGGUCAUGUCCACCAUUGGAAUAGUCAUCUUUGGGGAAAUUGUGCCACAGGCCAUAUGCUCCAGACACGGCCUGGCCGUUGGUGCCAAUACCAUUUUCCUGACCAAAUUCUUCAUGUUACUCACCUUUCCCGCCUCCUACCCGGUGAGCAAGCUGCUCGACUACCUGCUGGGGCAGGAGAUCGGAACCGUGUACAACCGGGAGAAACUUCUGGAGAUGCUGCGCGUCACGGAUCCUUACAAUGACCUGGUCAAGGAAGAGCUCAACAUCAUCCAGGGUGCGCUGGAGUUGAGGACUAAGACCGUGGAAGUUGUGAUGACGCCUCUUCGAGAUUGCUUCAUGAUACCCUGGGACGCCACCCUUGACUUCAACACCAUGUCCGAAAUCAUGAAGAGCGGAUACACACGCAUUCCGGUCUUCGAGGGUGAGAGGUCCAACAUCGUAGACCUUCUCUUUGUCAAGGACCUGGCCUUUGUUGACCCGGAUGAUUGCACGCCACUCAAAACCAUCACAAAGUUUUAUAGCCACCCGUUGCACUUUGUCUUCAAUGACACCAAGCUGGAUGCAAUGCUGGAAGAGUUUAAGAAAGGAAAAUCCCAUCUGGCCAUAGUUCAGAGGGUCAACAAUGAGGGUGAGGGAGACCCUUUCUACGAGGUUCUUGGUAUUGUCACCCUGGAGGACAUUAUUGAGGAAAUCAUCAAGUCAGAGAUCCUGGACGAGACAGACUUGUACACUGACAACAAGACGAAGAAGAAAAUCACCCAUCGCGACAGGAAGCAAGAUUUCUCGGCCUUCAAGCCUACCGACAAUGAAACCAAGGUUAAAAUAUCACCUCAGCUUCUGCUGGCUACCCUGCGUUUCCUAGCAACAGAGGUAGACCUCUUCGCACCGCCACAAAUGUCUGAAAAGAUUCUACUGCGCUUGUUGAAGCACCCCAAUGUCAUCCAGGAGCUGAAAUACGAUGAGAAGAGCAAGCGGGCGCCAGAGCACUACCUCUUCCACAGGAACAGACCUGUGGACUAUUUCAUCCUCAUCCUGCAGGGCAAAGUGGAAGUGGAGGCAGGAAAAGAAGGGAUGAAGUUUGAAGCAGGGCCAUUCUCCUUCUAUGGAAUGCUGGCGCUCACCGUCUCACCAGUCCCGCUGUCACUUUCUCGAACAUUUGUCAAUAGGGCCGAUUCAUUAGCUGGAUCACCAGAGAAUAAAUCUCCACCGCGGCCGUUUGGACUGAACUACUCGGACUCUCAGAACAGGAGCGAUCGAAUAGAUGUCAUCACUCCGACUUUGGGCAGCAGCAACAAUCAGCUGAACUCCUUCCUGCAGAUCUACGUGCCUGACUACUCUGUCCGAGCGUGCUCGGACCUGUACUUUAUCAAGGUAACACGGCAGCAGUACCAGAACGCCGUGAUGGCGUCCCGCAUGGACAAGACGCCGCAGUCCACAGACAGCGAGUUCACCAAGAUUGAGCUGACGCUGAACGAGCUGGAGACCCCCAUCACGCUCCCCGGCACUGCCGGCCACGCCCCGGCUGUGACUGUAGCUUUGGCCAACGAGGCUUCCCACCUUCUCAACCAGCAGCACAAUUGCGUGGCCGUGAGCAGGAGCAACCACAGCGCGCACAACGAGUGGCCCAUCUAGCCCCGCGCUCAGCAUGGUGGAGGCCCGGACUCUACGCCUUUCUGCCUGACGGACGCACGAUGCAGUAAGGCCCCUCCCAAAAGGAGAGGUGGUGGGGGGGAGGUGUGGGUGGGCGUUCAACACCCUCCCACAGUUGUUGGCAGCCCUGUUCAACUACACGUUCUAAAGACGGUGCUGUGACUGAGAUUCCUUUUGGGACGAUUUGACACUUUCAUCGCGGAAACUUGGACGAGAAGACAACAGACUGCACACACACACAUACACACACACACACUGUACUUUCCACGCAGGCCAAAGACCUUGGUCCCCUGUGCCGUUUUUUUUUUUUUUUUUAACACUGGACACACACAUCCAAACAAAUCUCACCUUUUGCAUCUUUCAGGGAAACUCAAUAGACGUUUGAUCCCAUCAGCAUGGACUCCAGAGAGCAAUGGUUCGGCUCGGACUGCACCAAAAACCGCUUUGAGAGAAACCAUUACGUACAUCACAAACCAAGAAUGUUUUCCUGUAUUUAUUUAUUUUAUAAUAUUGUGUGUAUAUAUAAAGAGAUAUAUGUGUAUGCUUGGAGACAUGGUGUGAACUUAACGUGGCAAUGAAGCAUGCACAAAAUCAUACCCGAGAGGACAUGCUAUAUAUAUGGAGCUAAACAUCCAUUGGUGUAUAUGGGGGGAGGGGUGGGGGGCGGGCGAAGGUCUUUUACAGAUACAGUAUGUAUAUUUACAGAUUGUCUUAUUUUUACUAUUGUGUACUCAAAUUUGGGCUUUUUCACCUUUAAAAAAAUCACACUAUUGCCUUUAAGAAAACAAAUCAUAACCUUAAUUAUUUUUAACAAAGUGCAAUGAAAAGAGAUUUAUUUAAGAGAUGAUUAAUAAUAAUACAAAAAAAUGACUAUUGUACAUGGCAGAUAUAUUUGUAUGUGUGCUCUGUAUAUGUAUGUUUGGGUUUGAAAGAUGCUAUACCCAACAUCCACAUGCAAAUUUCCCUUCAUGUCUAAUUGGAGGCCUCUCUUGAUCGUGAUCUCAGACAAGCCUGCUCGACAUCCGAGUGUGAGCUCUGAUGCAUUGUGGGAACAUAAAAGCACCAUCACCAGCGCCAAUGCGCAUGGGAGUUAAGUCUUGUAACAGAGUGUUUUUGUUUUUUGCCAUUUUUACAUUUAAUCAAACUUGACUAUUGCACAGUAUUAAUGACCUUGUCUCAUAGGUUGAGUGGUAUCAAUAUCCCGAGAAGAAACCUCAAUGCAAAAUAUGUUCACAGACAACACACGGCAUUUCUUAUCCAUUCCGUAGAUUUGUUUCCUGUUGUUUGUCUCCUUUUUACAUGACACGCCAGAACCAAGCCUGAUCUGAGUUCACCAAGGCUUUUUUUUUUUUGACAGCAGUGAAUGUGAGAAAAAUGUUGUGGCUGCUAUCACAAUGCAAACAUAAUCCAUGAUGAAUAACUCUUUAGUUACAUUAAAACUGUUAUUUCGCAUCUGCCGUGGCUGCCAUUAAAAGUUUUACGUUGA